AAACACACGCAAAUCACGCAAUCACACGCAAUCGAACUGUAAAAAAUUGCUGGUAGAAAUAUUAGUGAAAGUUCCUUCCGUAAUUUGUUUAUUGAUAGCGUAUUAUUAGGCAAGUGAUUUCAUUUAAUUUGUGUUCAGCUCAUGCCACCCUCAUACGAUGGAAAACAACACAGAUCAUUCCGAACAGAACAACUUUAGUCCUAUUACUGUGCAGGACGUAGAUGUAGAUUUUUUACCGAUUGUUUACGAAAUAAUACGAAGCGUUGAGAGGGACUUCCAUGACAACUCUGCCAAAGCGAGGGAGUCUCAAGACUGUAGCCAAAGGGUGCUCGAAUUACAGAAAAAGUUCGAUAUAGCGCGUGCUCAGAUAAAGCGCUUGCCUGGCAUAGACUACAACAAGCAGGAUCAGUUGAAGCAGUUUGAAAUUCUGAGAACACAGCUCAGGCUGAAGCGUGAGCUCCUGCAGAAGUAUCGUAAUAUGUGCUCAUUUGAAACAUCAUUCAAGUGAUCACAGUUAGCACAAUGCCUAUCAGAGCUUUACUGAGGUACCUCGCCAAUAAUGAACAUCUGGUGCAGAAGCUUGCGGAGUCAUACCCUGUGAGGCGUGCUGCACAACUUGCAGUGUCCGUCUUCUACAGAGGUAAGGAGAAGUUGUCAGACAUGGAUCCACAACAAGUCAAUAGGAUCAUGUCAUUUUUAAAGAAAUUCAAUGAAAACCUAAAGGAAGGAAUUCAGGAUGCAAAGAAACAAUUGAAGAAAUAAUGUAAAUAGCUUUAGUAAAUACUAAAAUAUUGUAAUAUGAGUAUUUAGCCAUAAUUUUAUCAUCUGUAGGCAAUAAAUAAUACUGCAAAAAUAA